UACCAAUUGUCUGAUAUUCCUCUUGAAAAAGCAUACCACAGGUUCACUUUAACCCCUGACCAGGGGCGGACUGACAACUCAUGGGGCCCCCGGGCAAUAGGGGAUCAUGGGGCCCCUGUGUCCUUGCCCAAACUCAAAAAAGCCUAUAAAAAAGAUACCAGGGGCACCUCAUGGGGCCCCCUACUGACCCAGGGCCCUCGGGCAGUGCCCGAGUUUCCAAAUGGUCAGUCCGCCCCU